AUGGAUCAGAAAAAAGCUGACAAUGAUUUGCUAUUGGAAACUGAACGAAUCAAAAAGACUGCAUUUUUUUCGGUGAGUUUAUUUUUGAGAAAAAAAUUUUUUUGUGAAAUAAAAUUCAAAUUUCAUUUCAGGUUGUGGUUUCUACAUUUAUCGUUUUUGCAUCGGUUUGUAUGCUUCCUUUGAUUUAUAAUUGUGUUCAGACUUUGCAAUCUCAUAUGAAUGAUGAAAUUGAUUUUUGUAGAGUGAGUGGCGAAUUUAGCUAAAGUUCAAAAAAACAUAUAUUCCAAAUUUCCAGACAAAAUCUCGCGAUCUCUGGGUUGAAGUUCUCUCCGUUGACAACAUUUUGACACGUGGCAAACGUGGGCCAAGCUCAGCUUCACGUCAAAAACGUGAAUGGAGUUUUGGGCAAUGGUUUGAUAAGCGUGAUAAUACUUAUCCACCAGCUCCACAAGUUGGACCUCCACCGUUGCCACCAAGUGGAUAUGGUGCAACUGGAGGUGGAGGUGGAGAUUCGUACAAAAAUGCGGCGAUUGAAGAGUUCCAACCAUCUUGUAAGUUAACAUCAAUUUUGUGAUCAUAAUAAGACUACAAAUUUUAGGUUGUACUUGUCAACAGGGACCUGUUGGACCAGCUGGGCCACCGGGAGAUGAUGGGCUUGACGGAAUCGAUGGAAAACCUGGUCUUGAUGGUCCACAGGGAAAAGAUGGUGUGCUACUUCCACCACUUGGUAUCGCGCCAGAACCAUGUAUUAUCUGCUCACCUGGGCCACCGGGACCACCAGGAUUUCCAGGUCAAAAGGGACCAAAUGGGCCUCGAGGAAGUCCGGGGCUUCAAGGGCAAGAUGGAAAGAAGGGUGAGCCUGGAAUGGCUGGGCCACAAGGACCGACUGGAAGACCAGGGAAGGCCUGGACCAAAAGGUCCGAAGGGAGAGGAUGGAAGAGUUAUUAUGGUUGCGGGGCCUGCUGGACCAGCAGGCCCACCCGGGCCAACUGGAGUGCCUGGAGAAAGAGGAGCGCGAGGACUUGAUGGAUUGCCAGGGCCUCAGGGUGCACCAGGACUUCAAGGAGAUACCGGGUUACCUGGACCAGAUGGGAAAGAAGGACCGAAAGGAUCUCGUGGGCCUGUUGGGCCACAAGGGCUUAAAGGAUCUUGUGAACAUUGUCCACUUCCAAGACUUCCACCAGGAUAUUGA